AUGUCUCAAACCUUCACCCCCGCCGAUGUGGCCUCCCACAACACCGCCGACAAGGGCCUCUACAUUAUCAUCGACGGCAGCGUCUUUGACGUAACAAAGUUCAUUGACGAGCACCCCGGCGGCGCAAAGAUCCUGAAGCGUGUGGCGGGCAAGGAUGCCACAAAACAAUUCUGGAAGUACCACAACGAAUCCGUGUUGAAGAAGUACUCGCCUAAGCUCAAGGUCGGCGAGGUCAAGGAUGCUGCGAAGCUGUGA